ACGCACAAAUUUUUAAAAGCAGCGUUUGUGUUUCGCCUCUUGGGUGUAAUUUGGGUGUAUCUUAAGUUAGAUAAAAUUGCUUUUAGUUGUAUGUUUACCCGUUUAUGAACCAGCAUCACCUCUAUUGGCCGAUCUGGUCACAUGGUUCGCUAACUUUAUUCAGUUGACACCAAGUAGGAGGGCUUUAUGGAGGGAGGAAAAAAAGACAACUCGAGAAAAAUUAGUAUUUUCUACCUUCAGAAAUUAAUGGCCAUGAGUUCGUAUAUGGUGAACUCUAAGUAUGUGGAUCCAAAAUUUCCUCCGUGUGAGGAAUAUUCACAAAAUAACUAUAUACCUGAGCAGGGCUCGGACUACUACAGUCCAUCGCAGGACACAGAGUUUCAGCAUCCAGGGAUCUACCCACGGUCAAACUACACGGAGCAGCCCUUCAGCUGCAACACUGUGCAGGACUCCACAGUGCAGCCACGGGGUCAUGUGCACGAGAGAUCUACCCACUCGAGUCCUUUUACCGCACAAACUGAACGUGGGCCCCCGGUCCAAGUGGCCGGACCCCGGACUUGUGGACAGCAGCAAAACACAAAGAGCCAAAAUGGGAUACAAGCCAAGCAGCCAGCAAUAGUUUACCCCUGGAUGAAGAAAGUCCACGUAACUACUGUGAAUCCAGAUUACACAGGAUCCGAACCCAAACGGUCCAGAACUGCUUAUACCCGGCAGCAGGUUUUGGAGCUGGAAAAGGAGUUUCAUUUUAACAGGUAUCUGACCAGGCGGCGACGGAUUGAGAUAGCCCACACUCUUUGUCUCUCCGAAAGGCAAAUCAAAAUCUGGUUUCAGAACAGACGGAUGAAAUGGAAGAAGGAUCACAAACUGCCCAACACCAAGGGCAGAUCUGCACCAGCCUCCAGCCAUCUGCAAAGCGCACAGAAGGACAACCAGACUGAUAUAACAGCAUUAUAGAGAGAGAGAAAGGUGACACACCUUUACCAAUAAACUGUACAUAAAAAAGACAAAGGCUGCAUCUGACUUUUGCAUGGAACUGAUGUCGUUUUUAGCCAUUUUUUUUUAAUUUAAAAAUGACCAUAACAGUGUUUCUGGCUCAAAAGCUGGGUCAGAAAAUCAAUCAGUAUUCACGACUGAAAGGUUUGCAAGUUCAGUUUUAUUUUCUUCAAAGAGACAUGAAUUCACCGAAACCAAACUUUUUUUUUUGUUUCUUUUUUUUGUUUUUCUUUUUUUUUGUUGGACAUUAACCCCCUGAGGACAUUUAAUGAGCAACCUCGGCAGAUUUCAUGGACUUAAAGAAAGAGCCUGUUUUUCUCACAUGGAUUCACGAUGGUUUGAGGACUGAAUUAUCUUUACUCAAAACAGGGAAGCCAUUCGUUGAAAUCACACACACAACCGUUGUUUUGAUUUUUUUCCCCCUCCUAUUAAAACUCCACUUUAGACGCACAAUAUAUAGCUAUCGAAAUAUAUACUUGAAAGCAACAUUAUUUGCAUCGAGCACGCCAAAACAACUCAACCAUAUCGUUCGUUGAAAUUGCAAAUAUCUCGAUGAAUUUUUCAGUUCCACGUUUCUUUGUUACUUGUAUGUUUUAACUUAUUUUGUACAAUAAAGCUUUGAAAUUUG